CACCUCUCUCCCUCCUCUUCCUCAUCUCUCUUCUUUCCGCCAAGACCAGCCAUGGCGAGGAUCUCGGUGCUCUUUUUCUUCCUCUCUCUUCUGCUUCUGGCCACCGCAGGCGUUUCUUCUGGCGCGCCGACGAAGAGGGUCGGGAUUUAUGAGCUCAGAAGAGGGGAGUUCUCCGUCAAAGUCACCAACUGGGGUGCGACGAUUACCUCGGUCGUUCUCCCUGACUCCAAAGGGAAGGUGGCUGACAUAGCUCUCGGAUAUGAUGGAAUCCGCCCUUAUACUAACGACACCACGAAUUUUGGAGCAUUGGUGGGACGAGUUGCCAACAGGAUUGCAAAUGCACGGUUCACUCUCAAUGGGAGGACGUAUCAUCUCUUGCCCAACGACGGAAACAACACUCUCCACGGCGGGCCUAAAGGAUUCGGUCGGGUGAUUUGGACUGUGAAAGAUAAGGUUGAUGGAGAAUAUCCUUACAUCACCUUGUACUAUCGCAGCGUCGAUGGAGAGCAAGGCUUCCCUGGUGAUCUCGAUGUCUACGUUACCUACAAAAUCGACGACGACUUCGUUUUGAGUGUCAUCAUGCAUGCGGUGCCGCUGACGAAGCCCACACCCAUAAACCUAGCGCAGCACACCUACUGGAACCUCGGCGGUCACGAGAGCGGCUCCAUCCUCGAGGACAGGAUCAAAAUCUUCGCAUCCCAUAUCACCCCCGUUAACGACCAGCUCAUCCCUACCGGCGAGAUCAGGUCCGUCUCUGGGACUCCCUUCGACUUCCGCGAGCCGGCGAAGAUCGGGAGCAAGAUCGGCCGCGUCCCCGGUGGGUACGACAUCAACUAUGUUCUCAGCUCGCCCGCGGACGUGCAGGGUGUGAGGAAGGUUGCCGUCGUGGAGGACGGUCGCGGCUCCGGGAGAGUGCUCGAGCUUUGGGCUAACCAGCCCGGGGUGCAGUUCUACACGGGUAACUUCCUGAAGCACGAGAGGGGGAAGAAUGGGCAUUACUACAAGAUACAUGACGGUCUGUGCUUGGAGACACAAGGCUUCCCUGACUCAGUGAACCACCCCAAAUUCCCUAACCAGAUUUAUAGUCCCGGGCAGGUUUACAAGCACUUUAUGCAAUUCAAGUUCUCAUUCAAGUAGGGAGAGAGGCCUUUUCUCAUUAGUAGAGUAGAUUCUUGUAACGAUUUUAGUAAGUGUGGCUCUUUGGAUAUCCUCAAAUUGUUCCUGAUGCAAA